AUGGGUAACUGCCGAUCCUGCGAUUCCACACGCGUCGCCGGCGGCGGCGCGUCGACGGCGAAGCUGAUCCUCCAGGACGGCGGGCUCCAGGAGUUCUCUUAUCCGGUCAAGGCUUCGUUCGUCUUGCGGAUGAUUGAUACCCACGCGCCGCACUUCAUAUGCAACGCCGACGAGAUGGAGUUCGACGACGUCGUAUUGGCCGUCGACGAUGAGGAGGAGCUGCAGCCCGGGCAGCUCUACUUCGCCCUCCCCGUUGCCUGGCUCCGGCACCCUCUGCAGCCGGAGGAAAUGGCCGCAUUGGCGGUGAAGGCCAGCUCCGCAUUGAUGAAGACCUCCGCCGCCGCCGCCGCCGGCGGCGGCGGCGGCGAUAAAUCUGGGUGUCGACGGAAAUCGACGGAGUUGUUGUUUUCCGGGGAGAGUGAUGUCGGGAAGCACCGGCGGAGAGCGUCUGCCGGCGACGGUGGCGCCGCCGGUGGGGGAAGGAGUAGGAGACGGGGGAGCAGCGGUAGUGAGAAGAAGUUUGCGGCGAUGUUGAGCGCUAUACCGGAGUGA